AACAAAUCCUUCUGAGAAACUUGUAAAUGUAUUAUGAUGAAAUUUAUAAUCGGGCAUGUCUUCUACUGCUUUGCUUUUCUUUACAUUAUUUUUCCAAAUAGAAAACUCAACAGCCUAAAGCCUAAAUGAAAAAUAAUUCUUAAUCACUAUUUUCUUUUGCAUGGUACCGCAAUUAGUUUACCUACUAAAUUAAAUAAAAUUGAAUUAUUGGUAAUUAAUAAAUUAUGAAAGUUACAGUUAAUUAAUUUGUUCUAUUUGUAAUUUGUGAUGUAUUUGAUAAUUUGUUAGUAAAAGUGGUGCAUGAUUGGCAAGAAUCAUUUAACUAUUUAUUUACCUAAUAACUUCGUUAAACUUAAAUACCAAAUCUAUUUUAAAGAAUCAAAUUUCACAUCACAAAAUGAAAAUGAUGCAUUUGCUAUAAAUUUACAUCCUAAUUCUUUACUUUACACUUUCAGUUUAGUAGGCUAACUUAACUAACUAAGAGUUAAGAGUUAGUAAUAGCCUAAUAUUUAACACAUGUGAAUGUGAUGAUAAGAAGACCAAUUAAUUUUUUAACAUUUAUUGUCUAAAUUAAUGUUUGAUUACUGAUAUAUAUUUUAUGCAGGAUUCUGGAAUGAAAAGACACCGACAAGAAUUGGUGUAAAUUAAAAUAUGAGCACAGGUGAUAAGACUCUCAUCAAACAGUAGUAGUUCACUUCUAUCAUUACACACAUUCUCAACACCAGAACCUUCCUUACACCAUCAGAGCAGAGUCAACAGUAUGUCUAAUUCAAAAGAAGGCAAUGUGGGAAUUGGAUUGCCACUUCAUGCAAAGUAUGGCCAAUCUUAUGUUUCUCCAAGCAAAAACUUGUACGCUAUUGACCCGGCAUGUUCCCCUGUGUCAAGAAAGAAAGCGGCCAUGAUUGAUGAGGUUUUAUGUUAUGAUAACGACAAGCCCAGACAUCAGAACAGGGAAACAGAAGUUUCUGACGGACCAUUGCCAUAUUUAGAGAAUGUUAAUGAGAAUGAUGGGCAUGUCAUUUUCAAAUAUCAGACAAACAUUGGUGGAGAUAUACGACAGCAGCUCCUAGUGCAGAGAGCAUUCAAUACUCACGAUGGUUGGUAGAAUGAAGUUGAUAAUAUAACAGGACAUUACUUUCCAAUCUUUCUUAUGUACUAAAGUUAAGCUGAAAAGGAUUUCAUAAAAAAGAUUUUUCACUCAUUUUCUCUAUCCAUAUUAUAAAUUAAAAUUAAUAUAUUAACUGUAGAGCCAUGGUGAUGUGUUUGCAGAAAUCCCUUCAAAUUUUAAUCAUGUUAACUGUGCAACUUCAUUCAUAUAUUUGCUGUCCACUUCUAUGUAUUUGAAGAUCUUCAUGAACCAAAGGCAUCAAGUCCCAUGCGAAAGAUCAGAGUUUGUACAACAGCCACAGGCAUACCAACUAUGACAGUGAGCCCCAGUAGUGGAACAUUAAAGUCACAUGGACACAAUCUUGGUGUGUAAACAUUCUUCUCAAGACUUUUUACAAACUACCUUUGUUUAACUUAGCUUCUUGUUUGUUUUAAUAGCCGGCCAUUCUUAUAUUUGCUAUUUGACAUUUGAUAAGCGUGAUCUUUUCUGUAUAUUGCUAAUAAUUUUAAUUAAUAAAUGUAAUUGUAGCUUAAAUCAAACAAAAUAAUAUAUUGGUUAAUAUUUUUAUUCACAGAUGGUGGAGACGGCAUGAACCACCAUUGCCAACCUUACAUGAUGUCCCAAUUUAUGUCACCAUCUUCUCACGGUAGCGUAAAUUAAAAUUCUACUCCAAUAUUAAAUAACAAAUUAACUGGGGCUCUCUCACCUGAUAACUCAUUGUAAUUGUAAUUUCAUGAUAACCACAUUGGACAAAACAUGGAUAAUUUGUACUUGAGAAAAUUGAAUGCCAAGUUGUCCCCAGCCUUCAUUAUUAUCCCUGACUAAUUGCAAAUAAAAUUGAAAGCAAAUGUGUACCAAUUCUUUAGGGAAAUCAAGGGCAAAAAAGAGCUAACACAACUUCCUUACUCCCUAGAUCUAGCAGUAUAAAAAAAAUUUACUUUAACUUUUUUGAGUCAGUUAACAAAGACAAAGAGGAAAUACACACGACUUCUGAGAAAACAGAUGAAACAGCGGAAACCCAUAAGGCAGGGCAGCAGUGCUAGUUACAGGAAUUAGAGACUGUUUGGGGCAAAUCAGAUUAUUAAAAUUUAAUGAGAGGAUCAGUCCGGGUUUUUUAUAGCCACACUUCAUAGGUGAAGAAAUAGACAGAUAAUUAAUUUAAACAGAAUUUCAUUUAUUUAUUUUUUCAAUUUUCAGCUGGGCCAGCCCAUGAUAUUCAAUCUAUAUUCAAGACACCAAUCCGCAAUCAGAGACCAAAUGAAGAUGCUCAUGGAGUGACACCAUCUCAUCAAGGAACACCAUUCAUGCUAUCCCCAGCCAGCUCUGCUUCCUAUGGGUUUACCCCUGGGCGCCAAUUUGUGAACCCAUUUGAGGUCGACCAUGACAAAUUACAUAUGCCUAUUUUCAGUCCCAACAUGUUCAGUGUAACCAGCUGUGCAGGAAACAGCAGAAAAGAGGAGGUAAUGAAAUGUGCAGUGAAUUACAUUGGGUUUCCUUUGGGGUUUAAUGUUCUAAUUAUGGCAUGUACAUUUAAAACAUGAAUAAUUUCAUUCUAGUUGUUAUACUAUUGAAGAAGAAUUACUUUGAAGUAUCUUUUUUUUUCCAUUUGGAGCAUUUGCUAAUUGCUGUAUUUUGUGUCUAAUACAUCACUAUAAUAUAUAAUUUAAAAAAUUCAUAUUCUCAUACCCUCUACAAAUGAGCUCUACCCCACCCUUCAAAAAUUUUAUCGACAAAAUACAAGACAAAAAAAUAAUUUUAUAUCAUAAAUUACAUCACUCGCAAUGAACGAUGCGGAUGACUAGCCUUGGGUACUAACAACCCAUGCCAUGCAACUGACUAAAUGUAACAUUUUGUGGCGCAGCUAGAAAUUAGGCUUGAGUACAAAUAUGCUUCUGUUUCUUCUAAUAAAAAAAUAUUGUGGUUUAUAGGGUUUCUGGUCAGUGGAACACGCUGCCUUGAUUAUGCCUGUAGAAAUUAAAGAGGCUGAAAUCCGACGGCAACUUCGCUAUCAACAAAAGAUGUACGUUGUUUUCUUUUCCCUAAGAUGGGAAUUAAUUAUUAGAACUUCCUUUAAAAAUUUCAACUAUAUUUUCAACUCCUGAACGUCGUAUUUAAUUUGGGAUUUUUGACCAGCCAAAACAAACUUUUGAGUUUGAGCCACACUAAAAAAAAAAAUGUAGCUUAAUCUAUAGAAUUUUUUUGUUAAAAAAUCAGUUCUUCAGGACCAUUUUACUGCUUUGUUUAAAGUUUAAAAUUUUCUUUCACCAUUGUUAAUGUGUACAUUGAACUUUACAGAGACAAAGAACAAGACGUCAAAAUCCAGGCAGCCAUCAAUAAAUUUUUCUCCAAUGAAGUCAUUGUGCCGUCGCCGUGGAGUGAGAAAGUGACUCAUGUGCUACCUCGCACUCCAGGAGGCUUGAGAUCGAGUAAGGACUUCAUUUACUACACCAAAACUCAGGCUUUUAACUAACAUAUAUUAUUGUUUGUCUUUGUUUUGUUUUUAUUAAAGGAGAUUACUAUCGGUAUCCAUAUAAAACAUUUGACAUGUUUAUAAAUUACUACAUGAUUGAUUUGUGUCAGAUUUAAACAGUAAAUCUCAGGUACAAGAGCAAUAAUGAAAAAAUCUAAUUUAAUAAUAGAUCUGUAUUUAUAUUCUACACAUUUUUCAAGUUUAAUGUUUUUAUUUAUUAAUAUCAGACCAGAUUUCUGAAUGCUAUUGAAAUUCUGAUUUGUGAGAUUUUUAUGUUGUAAUUGAAUCUGGUGAUACAGUUAAGUUUUCUCAACCCACUGAAGUUUUCUUAGUUUUGCUUUUUCAUUUUAAUAAAUUUGAAGUUACCAUUAUUUCUUUUUUUAAAUUCAUGUUUCAUAUUUCUCAUAAGAAACAUAUCACAUACUUAAUGUUUAGUUGGGUUGUUUUUUUUUCAGUUUCAUGUCAAACCACCAUGUCUGUGCCUCCUAAUGUUGAUCUGUUUACUGAGUUGGAAGGUAGGUUUCAAACAUAUAUAUUCCUUAUGUUAUUUUACAGAACAUUUGAGUUUUUCAGAGACAUAAAUGAAAUCAGGGAAUUAAUUAUUAAUUAUUGUGAUAAUAUUUUCUACUACUUUCACUUGCUUUGGUUGAAAUUUCAACAAGACACUGACUAAUUGAGUUCAUUCUAUGUUGAUGCAAGUUUUAGGUUUUAAGAGUAUUUUCAGAUUUAUAGUGUGUUUGCUUGUGUGAGUUCUCAAUAUUAUUGCUUGUGAAUUAAAUCAGGCAAAUAUCAACUGCCAGACCACAAAACAGAAGCAUCUCCAGGCUCUGACCUUAUGAUCAACUCUUUCAUUAGACGAAAACUUCUCCAUCAGUUGAAUGACAAUGACAGUUCACUUGGUUCACCGUCACUGCCUGGAAGGUAGGACUAGGAUUUGGAAUGAAACACAGACUCGAAAACAAAGUCUUUUAAAACUUAAUCAAGAGCAUGCACUCGCAAGAAGAGACUUAAUGGUUAUAGUUUUUUUGGCUCUCUAGGUAGACUUUUAAAAAAAUGAUGUGGCAUCGUCAACCCUUCUAAUAGGUUUGAUGAUUGGCAACUCUUCCAAAGGGUUUGUUGAUAUAUAUUUAGAUAUACAUUUAAUAAUUCAAAAGCGACAGACUGUGAAAUGUUUUAAUUUUACAGGCCUAUGGAAGAAAUUUCUAGUUCACCGUCACCAACCAAACAAACAACACCUGAAUGGGAAAAACAGACACCCAACAAAAUAGGCCCAGUGAGUAACCCAAAUGUAUAACAAUGAUUGAACUAAUCUCACCCUUUCCAAUUGUAUUUAAUGGUCAGUAAAUCUUUUGUUGUGCCGUUCUGUAGUAGAGCUGUGCCUGAAAUGUUAAUAAUUUAUAUAAAUUUUUUUUUUAAAAUCUACUAAAUGCAAGGUGAGCAUGGACAAGUCAUAGCAAAAGUCAUGUCAAAGUAUUGAUUUUAGUUUUAUUAGUAUUUUUUAUUGCAAAACUUGCUGAGAUAUAAAAAUAACUAUUGAGGUGUUAAAAUUACUACUACUGUGACAUUAAAUUACUUUCAGGGUCAUUUCUCCUCCAGUCCAAUUCGUCAUAAAGCAGAUAAUAGAGGAAGCUACCAUGCUAUGCCCGAAGAUGAAUUUUUAGCUUCUCCUGAAUUGUCCCCUAUUGCAGGCAGAGGUUAGUCUUUUUUUUUGGGGGGGGGGGGGGGGGUUAUCAAAUUUCUUUUUGUUGUUGAAAAACAACACAUAUUUUUUUGAAUUAGCAGCGGAACUAAUUUUACGGUUGGGAUAUGGGGAGAGGAAAAGGGGGGAAGGGGGGGUUAUCAAAUAUCCAUUAGUUGAUGUAAAACAACUAGUUCCUAUGUUAUAUUAGGACAGUGUCUAUCUCACUGACAAAAAUUGCCCACAUAUUUCUAAUUUAUAUCAACUCAACACUCUUAAUCACUUUAUUUCACACUUUUCCUUUUCCCCACAGGGAGUAAAUCCAUGAGGUCAUCUGGUAUAUAUUAUUCCCAUCAAGACACAGAGAACCCCAGAACAGUCAUGCAUUUGGAUUUUUCUUCUAUUCUAGGUAAAUAAGAAUGCAAGAUUGCUUUUAACUUUAAAUCUAAUUAAGAUUACCGUCAAUUUGAACUUCUUCUUCUUAUAUGUGAGGGCCCACGAUCAAUUUAUUGAUCAUUCUGGCUCCUGGUUUGAAUUGAGAGUUUGCCUUCUCUUAAGUGAGUUGCCAUCCUAGGCUAACGAGUCCCAUCAACCUGUGGUGCUUGGGAUGGUUUUUUGCAUUUGGUGGGGUUUGAACUCCAGACUAUCAGCUAUUUGGUUUGAGUCAGUUUAGACCGCUCGGCCACCCAGCACCUUUUCUUUAGAAUUGCAUAGUUGUAUUGGGGUUCAUUCCCUAUCAAACUUUCCGAAGAUCUAUCUCAAUCUACAAAAUUUAUUUAGCAACUGAAGCUGAUCAAAGGUUGGUGUCAAUACUGGUAAUCUGAAAGUACAACUGAAUGGCACAAAAUACACAUGAAUUUGAAAAUAUGGUGCCAGCUGAGUUUGCUGAUCAUUGACCUAUACAAUAUUUCUUUCAGAUGACCCAGACGAAUUUCAAGAUGAAACAUCAGACAAAACUGGCACAGUGACACAAAAAGUGGCUUCAGAAACCUACCAGGACACUGAGUCAACCACAUGUAACAACGACGCCAUGUCUGUAGAUCACAACCAUCUCACAUCUGCUGUUUCCCAUGACAGUGAUGGGAACACCAAUAAGUCUGGAGGGUUCUCCCACAGAUCCCUGCUCACAUCUGCUACUGAGUCCAACCAGGACAUGUUGGGCUCAAUGCCCCAGUCCUGCUUCAGUCAGGACACUGGUUAUCAGACGGUGAGCCUGCAAUCCACCAAUCAGGAUUCAGGCUCCAAUUCCAAUUUUACAUCGUUGGAGACCAUGCCAUUUCUCCAAUCACAGCAUGCCCCAGACAGCAAUGCCAUUCAAGCAAACUUUAACACAUGCCCCUUUGCUGGCAUAGGGAAGGAGUUUGCCAUUGAAAACAAAGCAGAGGAGUAUAAUUUUCACAGACACAAAACAGAAUUAAGUAUGGACAAGGAUGGCAGUUUUCUUGGCCUUGUCAGUUUGCAAACUAGAGAAAAAGGCAAAUCUGCCGAUGACAUUGUCGCAGUUAAGAAAAACGAAGCUUGUAGCAUAAGGAAGGUUAGGACACUCAACGACAUCAGGCAAUCAAAAGUUAGCAGAGAUCUGACCCAUUCAUUCAAUGAAGAGAAGGAAAGAUCUGAAAUCAGUGGCAGCCAGUGCACAGCAUGGUCAAAUCGGGCUGCCAAAAACUUGCAUUCCAGAGACGCAGAUAAACACUAUCCAAUGCAAGUGGGAUGUUCUUAUGGGGGUGAGGCUUCUUCUGUGGUCAACACACCUGUCCAUAAUAACAUGGCUCACAACCCUCCCGAUCUUUUUGAUGUGAGCAUGCGGAGCCUGAGUCCCUAUUUCAACUCUUCUUCGGAAAGAAAAGGAAUCAAUAAUUUCAAUGCCCAGACCUGUGAUGAAAGGGGUUGUUAUGACCGUAGUAGCACGCCGUACAAACAGGAGCCACAAUCCAGCCAUGGUUCAGGGUGCGAUGACACACUUCAAGCUGCUAGGUUACUCUUGGGAAAAUCCGUAGAGCUUCGGAUGAAGCAUUCCCACAAAGACACAAUGAAAUCUGACUCUGGUUCAGAUAUUGAAAAUCAGGCUCCGGAGAUGUGUGAAUAUGAGAUGGAUUCAACAUCAAGUCUUGGUAGGUCAGAGACACCACCUUUUAAGAUAAAUCCUGUGGACACAUCCACUCCGACCUCAAGGGCAUUUACCAGCCUUAAGAAGAAAAUUGACAAGAUAGAGGGAGGCAAGCUGGGAAGUAAGUCUUGUGUUCAUUGUAACAAUUAUUUUCUUAAAUUUUAUAAUUUAUUCUAAAAAAUUACAAAAGAAAUUCUAUGACGAUAUUACAAUUGCCACUCGCUUUUAAAUUACAAAUUUGAAUAGUCAAAUUAGACAUUAGAAACAAAGGACAUAGGAUACAAAUAACCGUCACACAGUUUUAUGUCUCUAAAACGACACAAAUUACUAACAUAUUAGUAUCUCCCCUUUAUAAAUAUUCUGAUUUAUAGGGUUGUUUUUUUUUAUAUUUCAGGUGAAAUUGCAGCUGAAAUACUGAAAAGAGCUGGCGAUGAUUUGGCCAAGCUGACAAACAUUAUAGGAAAACAAUCUCCUUCAACUUCAUCAUAAACAGGAUCUGAAACAAUGAUUCUUUCUGAAUUAAUUAAGUAUUUCCUUAUGGGGUAGUAUGAGAACAUUGAUAUUACUAGUAUUAUGUCUCUAUUAAUCUGCUCAGUAUGUAUUUUAAAAAGUUUACUUAUUUAUAAGAUUUUAAUGUAUUAUUUUCAUUGAAGAGGAAGGUUUUGUUUAAUCUUUGUAUUGCUGAUAGAGCACCACUAACAUAAUCAUCAGUGUAAUUUGUAAAAUAUAAUCAGUUUUAAACAAGAAAUAUUAAAAUUGCUGAUAUAGUCUUAGUUUGAUGGAACCCACCAAAAAUGUAUUAAAUUUAAAUUAAAAAUUGCCACUGUUCAAUGUUGUCUAAACAUAGAUUUGUGAUACUAAUAAUAAUUUUCUACAACUAAUGUAUAUUGUAUAUAGCCAUGCAUAAUUUCUCUAUGUUAACGUUCCCAUCCCAGAUUUAUAAUAAAUUAUAUUCACCUUUUAAGAAACUAUAGUGAUAUAUACUAUUAUAUAGUGGUUUUUAAAUGUUUUUCUUUCAGACCCCCCCCCCUCUCUUUCUUGGUGACUUAUCUCGUCCCUGAUAACAUCAGUACCAAUUUGAGAGCCACUGCUCAAUAGGAAAUGUACAAAUUACUCCAAAAAAAAGGGUCUUGCCACUCACUACAGCAGGCUUGCACAACAUGGGGCUCACCAGCACCCACUUUGCGACUCGCGAAGUAACAAAAUAUUCAUUGUUACCCGGUAUUAUUUUUCUUAAUAGCUUUCCCAGCUGUCCUAUUUUAAAGUUUUUCAUGAAGUAUUAUGGCCCGCGUUACACUUAUAUUUUACAUUUUGAGUUGUGCAGGCCUGAACUACAGGGUUUAUGAAGCCUAUUCAAGUCAUAUAAUCAAAUCUAAAAUUGUCUUUUCACUGAGGAGAGCUUUUGUCUAGAAAUGAAAACCAUAUUUAAUUUACAAUACCGGGUAUCCAUAUUUAGAGUUAUUUGCCAUACCCGGUAGUUUGAUUUAUUUUUAAUGUGUCCCUCCUUUCAUUUAUUAUUUGGCGCCCAUUGUAUUUAUUUUUUUAACAGGGCGCAGAAAUAAAAUUCCUUAACCACAAAUAAGGUACCAUAUUGUUAGCU